AUGAUCAGAUUCGUUUUACCCGAAUAAUCAAUUAUCUAAUUCAAUUUGAUCUGUAGCUAUUCGGAUAUUUGGAUAUUCGAUGCCUCGAUAUGCAGAAAAUAUUUUAAACGGGUUUCUUAUUAGAUCUAUAAAAAGAUAAUAAAAAUUAAAAAGUAAAUAAUAAUAUUUUAUUAAAAAUAAAAAAAUUCUAUAGGAUAACCAUUUUUAAGUUUUUGUCACCAAAAUAGCAUUCAACGAGAAAAAUGACCAAAACAAGUUUUAUUAAAGGGUAAAAUUACAUUUUUACUCUAGGGUCCGAGUCGGUCCUAGGAAGCGGUGGGCCAGAAGCAAAAACAAAAAACAUUUGGCCUAUUAAAUAUAAAUAAAAAAAGAAUUUUGAAAGUAGAGGAAAGAUUUCGAACCCGUCACCUCUAAGAGUCUAAAGAUGUGCAUUAACCAACUUAACUAAAGAAACCUUUGAAAAUAUGCGGCCGAUAUGGUUGUUAUUAUUUGACGGCCAGAAACAUGGGCUUGGCCUGCUUCUACUCAAGGUCGGUUCUGCCUAGGGUUAACUAAUAUAGACUUAGGGUUUAGAGUUAAGAGGUAGAGUUUCGGGGAUAGGGUUUCAAAUUAAAAAAAAUAUAUUAAAAAAUAUUAAAAAUUUCAAAAUAAAAAGAUGCUAUUUUGGCCAUUCUCUUUUACGAGAGAUAAUUUUGUGACAAAAACUUAAAAAAAAAACUAUUUGAGAUAAUUGCCCUUAAAAAUAUGUAUAAUUUAUUUAUAUAACUCUUAAAAUAUAUGUAUAUAAAGUAUCAGAUUGGAUAUUCAUUUCUAAUAAUAUUAGUAUUUGUGAUUUGUUCUGUUUUUUUAUGAUAUUAUAUAUUAACAUUUAUUCGUCGAUAGAAUUAUGGAUAUUCGGAUUUUUGUGAGGAUAACAAAUUAAAUCAAAAUUUAUUAAUACUUUGUUUUACCAAAUUCAAUUUUACUUUACCAAAUUUUCACCAUUCAUCAUCUUCUUCUUCAGAUGAUGAAAUCAUGGAAUUUUUCAAUUGAUCUUGACCAUGAAGAAGAAGCAGUGCAACUUGCUAUUUCUAAUAACAAUCUGGUUAUACAAUAUCUUCUUAAUCAACAAGAAAAUCAGGCGAUUCAUGGUGGUUCAGUUCCUGGCCGUUGUUUCAUCCACCGUGAUCGAGAGAGUGCCCAUGAUAGACUGUUCAAUGAUUAUUUCUCGGAAACUCCAAAAUAUAAUGAUAUUUUGUUUCGGAGGAGGUAUCGAUCGUAUGUCUCGUUCUCUAUUCCUCCGCAUCCUUCAUGAAGUUGAAGGUCAUGACAACUACUUCACACAACGAAGGGAUACUAUGGGUAGACUUGGAUUGUCAUCUAUUCAAAAAGUAACCGUUGUUUUUCGGAUGCUAGCAUACGGUCUUCCUGCAGAUGUCGUAGAUGAGUACAUAAAGAUUGGUGAAUCAACGACAAUCGAAAGCAUGAAGAAGUUUUGUCGAGCUAUUGUGGAGAUAUUUUCAGCCCAAUACCUACGAUCACCAACACCUGAUGACGUUUCUAGACUUCUUUACAUUGGCGAAAAACGAGGCUUUCCGGGAAUGCUUGGUAGCUUAGAUUGCAUGCAUUGGAAGUGGAAAAAUUGUUCUACUCCUUGGGCUGGACAAUAUGCCGGUCGUAGUGGAUCACCUACUAUAAUUCUUGAAGCUGUGGCUGAUUAUGAUCUUUGGAUAUGGCAUGCAUAUUUUGGAUUGCCGGGGACUAAUAAUGAUAUUAAUGUGUUGGAGUCUUCUCACCUUUUCUCCAAUCUCGCUCAAUGUAUUGCUCCUCCUGUCCACUAUGUCAUUCAAGGAAAAGAAUAUAAUAUGGGUUAUUACUUGGCCGAUGGUAUAUAUCCGAAAUGGUCAACCAUAGUGCAAACUAUUGACGAGCUAGUAGGUCCAAAGAAAAAAUAUUUUGCAGCACAGCAAGAAGCAUGUAGAAAAGAUGUAGAACGUGCAUUCGGAGUUUUACAAUCAUGUUUUGCGAUUGUGAAAGGACCGGUACGUUUUUGGAAAAAAAAAGUAUUACAUGAUAUAAUGACUACAUGUAUAAUUUUACAUAAUAUGAUUAUUGAGAAUGAGCGUGAUCUCGAUGCCCCGAUUGGAAUUGGAAGAGAAACUCCACCUCCGGAAGUCCAAAUACCGGAUAAUGAAGAUAACUGAUUCCAAGAGUUUCUAAGUCGAUUCAGAAAAAUUAAAGAUAAAGAAGCUCAUUUUUUACUUCGGAAUGCAUUAAUUGAUCAUUUAUGGGAAAAAUUUAGUAAUAAUGAUUGUUAGAUAAUGGUACUUUGUUUUAUUUUUAUUUUUCUAAUGUCUUUUUGUAAUAAAAUGUUUCAUUUAAAUAAUAUUGCAAUUUUAUGAAGAAAAAAAAUCAAAAAGUAUAAUGAAUGAGUUAAUUUUCAAGAAUGUGUAAAAUGGAAAAUAAAAAAAAAAUCUUUCAAGAAUAUUUUUUUUUAGAGGAAAAAUAGAGGAAUACAUUAGAGAAAAACUGACUCUAUUAUACGUUUUC